UUUCAGUGUUUUGGAAGCGGACUCAGAUGACUGCGGGAUAUAACACUGUGACAAGACAUUCAAAUAUCUUUUUUGAGGAAUAAAUUUCAUGGAAAAGAGUUGCUUUCCUUUUCUGCAGGAAUAAUAUGAAAUGCAAUUUUAUCCCAGUGCUUUUGGAGAGAAUAAACUGAUGAAAUGGCACGUUCACUGAUUCACAUGAGUCUUGUUGUGGGUAUUUUAGUGAUUUUGUUGCCCAGUCUUCAUACUGGAGAAGCUGAGCCUUAUUUUGAGGACGAGAAGAGGUCUUGUCAAGGUGCUUUCGACUUGUAUUUUGUCCUCGACAAAUCAGGAAGCGUCAAAAGACACUGGAUUGAAAUUUACUCCUUUGUGGAGCAUCUUGCAGAGAAAUUUAUAAGCCCAAUGUUACGGAUGUCCUUCAUUGUCUUCUCAACUCACGGAACAACGGUUAUGAAACUCACAGAGAACAGAAAUGAAAUUACCAGAGGCUUAAAUAUUUUGAAGAGAGAAAUACCAGGAGGUGAUACAAAUAUGAAUCUUGGAUUGAAACAGGCAAAUGAGCAGAUAUAUCAUGGAAAUUAUGGGACAGCCAGUGUGAUCAUAGCACUGACGGAUGGGGAGCUAAACGACAAUCAGUUUGUCACAGCACAACAAGAGGCGCAGAGAGCUCGGUCUUUGGGAGCCAUCGUAUACUGUGUGGGUGUAAAAGACUUCAAUCAAACACAGCUGGCCACAAUUGCAGACACCAUAGAGAAUGUGUUCCCUGUAAUUGGCGGAUUCCAGGCCCUUGAAGGAAUGAUAGACUCCAUCAUCAAGAAAUCCUGCAUUGAGAUUUUAGCAGCUGAGCCGUCCAGUAUAUGUGCUGGUGAUUCUUUCCAAGUGGUUGUGAGGGGAAAUGGAUUUUUGCAUGCCAGAAACAUCAAUCAGGUUCUGUGCAGCUUCAGAGUGAAUGACACAGCUAUACUGAAUGAAAGACCUGUCAGUGUUGAAGAUACGCUCCUUCUUUGCCCCGCACCAAUCAUAAAUGAGGCUGGAAAGGUGAUAUUUCUGCAGGUUAGCAUGAAUGAGGGUUUGUCCUAUAUCACAAGCUCAGUGCACAUCACCACUACUGAAUGUUAUGAUGGGACCAUCCUGCUCAUCUCUUUACUGGCUGUUUUCCUGUUGCUGGGACUGGUGCUGAUGUGGUGGUUCUGGCCUCUGUGCUGUACAGUGGUCAUCAAGGAAGUGCCUCCACCCCCCCCCUGAGCCUUUGUGUGUGCUCAACAGGAGUCCGAUGAUGAAGAUGGUAUGCCCAAAAAGAAAUGGCCUACAGUAGAUGCAUCCUACUAUGGAGGAAGAGGAGUCGGUGGAAUCAAAAGAAUGGAGGUGCGUUGGGGGAACAAGGGCUCCACGGAGGAAGGAGCUAAACUGGAGAAGCCAAAGAAUGCUGUAGUGAAAAUGCCUGAAGACGAAUAUGAGCCUUAUGAACCCAAACUCAGAAAUCCUUAUGGGCGCAGACCUGCCCAUCACAGAAAAUGGUACAGUCCUAUUCAGGGGAAACUGGAUGCUUUGUGGGCCCUUUUCCGUCGAGGAUACGACCAAGUGUCACUCAUGAGACCUCAGCCCGGAGAUCAGGGGCGAUGCAUCAACUUUACCCGGGUGAAAGCAGAGCAGCCAAGGUCACCGCCACGCAGCAACUGUCCACUUCCUCCUCCACCGCCCCCUCCAGACCAUCAACCACUCAUGCGACCUCCGCCAGGAAGACCACCAUCCCGGGGACCCUCCAUCAACCGCUCACCCCCAGGACCUCCACCAGCCCGGGCACCCUCAGGCCCCCGCGGACCCCCUCCUUCACGACCCCCUCCCUGCCCUGGGAACAAGCAUUGAGAACAAUGGAGGGCCUUCACAGCUACCCUAAAACCUCUGCCUUUAAUUCAGAUUUGUGAUAUUUGCCAAAGCCACUGGUUUCCCACAGUUUCAGAUUGAUGAGUUUGUUUAUUUGGAGUGAAUGAAAUGUGAUUUGUUCUUAUUAUAAACACAGGCACUGAAAGAGGGACUGCAGUAAUGCAUGAAAUUUUUACACGUGCAAAUGAAUAGUUUUUAAGGCACUUAAGAGCUUUGAAUGUUGACUUUGGGUAUUUGUAUAUCAAAUUUUGCAUGACGUUAAUGUGUCGGUAGGUUAGAGCUAAAGUAAGUAUGGUAUACAUUAUGCCCUGUUUUAAUUUGUAUCAUAAUAUUAAUUGGUCACAUCUUAAAAAGGAAAAUCAGAUGUGUUGUGACUGCAGGGCAGUACAAACCACUAAUUUAUUAAGCCUUGGGUUCCUGGUAGGCGCUUGAAUAUAAAAUGACAGGGUGUCUACCACUGGUACAGGACACUCAGCAUGAUAUUUUAUUUAAUAUAUUUUGUGUUUUGCUUUAUGGAUCAUGGUAAUUAAUAGUAGCAGGAAAAUAUUAAUGUUAUGUUAACGGGUUGGACUCUAGGUGUUCUUUUGCCUUGACAAAAAUCCAAUUGUCUUAUUUUUGUUUUAUAUAAUUUCUCUCUCUCUCUCUCUCUCUCUCUCUAUCGAUAUGAGAAUGAGAACAACAUUAUCCCCAUUAAAUGUAUAAAAGCAAGGAAUAAUAAUAAAGUAUUCAGUUCUAAAACAGUUUGAACUGGA